AUGGCUACUCUGCUUAACGUCUGGUGGUUCAACGACAACCACAGCUACUACACCCGCCUACAGCUGCACGCCAACCGCCGCCUUAUUAUUCCCAAGAUAACGCUUAUCGCCAUGUUUGGCGAACUGCUAGAUGUCCCUGCCCAGAACUUGGUCGAGAACGGCGGCGAGAUCACUAUCAAGAACCACCCCCCUCAAUAUGAGGUUCAAUUCAACGAUGUAGGGAAGCUCCGGGAUCCCCGUGUCUGGUUUGACGCUCGGGUUCUGAAGGAGAUUAUAACUCAGGAAUCAGUAGCAGGCCCCUGUGGUUUCGAGUUCUGCGAUGACAAGCCGAAGUACCUGCUCGACUGUUGGGGGUGGACUAUGGAUUUCCAAGUACAUCCUGCUGGAGUUCGGGUCUAG